AAAAAACGCAGUCGGGUUUUUUAGUUUUUUUUAAUUACUUUUUUCGAUAAUAGUUCCAAGUUCGUGUUUUAAGCCUUUCACUGCCACCAAAAAAGUGUUAAAGGUUAUUCCUCCACUAGUGUCGGAUAACGUUGUCCGACAUGGCGUCCAAUGUGUCAAGGAGUUAGAUUAUAAUAAUUGAAAUGUGAUGUCACAAAAUUUAGGAGCCCUCCCACCCCCUUGUCACACAAUGUCACAUUUCGUCGACCCCCUCCCCCCCCUUAACGUGUGACGUAAUUUAUGGAUGGGCCCUUAUGUCAUCUACUUGCUGCUACGGAACCCUUCAUGGGCGAGUCCGACUCGCAUUUGUUCUGUUUUUCCCAGUUUGGUAAGUUGUAAUAAAGAAUUGAUUAUUCACUGCACCAAAUGGUCACAAAUACUACAGUAUUACGAUUUUAAGACAGAACAGAAAAUAAGGUUUUGUAAUAAAUAUAAAAGAACGUAUUCCUCUACUGAAUUUAACUUUCUGUAAUAGAAUAUUGUUUAUGACGAUCAUAUUCGCAAUAUUUUCAUUAAACAUUACGAAUGCGAAUGUCAAAAAGUAUGCGAAUAUAUUGGAAUUCGAAUAUUCGUUACAUCACUUGUAUGUAUGUAAGACGCGCUUUUGGCUGACUCGAUGUUGAUGCGGUUUUCAGAAAAGUAUUUUUUAGGCUUAGGAGAAGGUUUUAGGUAUACCCAACUUAAAAAAAUAGAAUCGGUAAAGAAAUUGAAGGUGGUCCCCUUAAUUUAAAAAAUCCAUCAAGCCGUUUCGAAGAUAUAGGUAAUAUUAGGCUCAUACAUACAAGAUACGCGCGAAAAACAUAACCCUUCCUUGGCAGUCGGGUAAAAAAGGAAAAAAGGUUAUACAAUAAAUAUAGCUUCGGUACUAAAUCGAUUCCGUUACCAUUUGUUAAGUCCAAGCCCUAAUUAUGGCAAAAGUCAUUAUUCUACGAGGACGAAGUCGCGGGCUACAGCUAGUUUAGAAUAAAAUUUCAAAGUUAAUUAAUUUAUUCAGUGAAAUGAAUGUGGUGAGCGUAGUGUCCUGCUGUAGCCUGAGGCACGCGAUGUCCGGUAGCUUUUGCGUACGUGUGUGCCUACCGCCAGUAUUGACGAGAACCAAUCAUACCAGUCCACAGCUUGCGAUCGAUACCAUGUGAUUUGUAUCCACAUUAAUACAGUCACGCACCUACUGACUGUUGAUGGUGGUGCUUACAUGUAAUGGUGUUUGACGAUGUUGAUUAAUCGUCAAAUGAUGAGAUGUAAACGUUGGAACGUAGUUACAAUGUUUGCCUCGCGUAGUCAAACGGCUUAUUAUAAAAAAAUAAAAAUAAGUGAAGCAGCUGAAGUGGAGGACGGCGUCAUGCGUCCACCAGUCGGCUUCACACGGCAUUCGACGGAGGGUCGAAGCCUCAUUAUCGAUUACCAAUACGUCGCCGCGGCCGGACAGCGAGGCCACUCGCGGCACUGCGCUGUCACUGCCACCGAACUCUACACGUCUUUAUUAUGGACCGCGUAACGCCAAGUCUACAAUUUAAUGAUAUGAAUCCUGUCUUGUGAGACUGCAAUCUAACAGAUUCAGCGAGGAGCCGACAGCCAUGCAAGAAAUAGAAGAACCGACGCUCUUGCAGACAGUGCGCGGCCACAAGAGCGAGGUGACGUGCGCGGACGCGAGCGGCGGGCGGCUGGUGACCGGCGGCGGCGACCGCGCGCUGCGGCUGUGGCGCUGGGAGCGCGGCGCCGGCUGGGACGAGGUGGCGCGCUGCGGCACCGCGCACCGCUACGGCGUCACGGCGGCGCGCUGGGCGGCCAGCGGCGUGCUGCUGGCGUCGGGCGGCGUGGACGGCGUGGCGCGCGUGUGGAGCGGCGACCUGGCGCCGCGGCGGCUGCUGGCGGCGCCCGGCGCGGCGGCGGCGCGCGCGCUGUGCUGGGCGGGCCGCGCGCGGCUGCUGGUGGGCCAUGACGACGGCGUGCUGUGCGUGUGGCACGCGGCGCGCGGCGUGCAGCUGGCGCGCCUGCACGCGCACGAAGGCGCGCUGCACGCGGUGGCGGCGCCGGCGCGGGGCGCACUGUUGCUCUCUGCUUGCACGCACGGCGUGCUCAAAGUUUUCGAUCUCGCGGAGGUAUGUCGGACCGGAUGUCGCGGCGUGACGUCGUCAUCAGUGGUACCCCUCGCGUGGAUGGACAACGUGCACGAUCUGGGCGCACUGUGCGCCGACGCCACGGAGGACGGCAGCAUGGCGGCCACGGGCGGGCAGGACGCGCUCGUGCGGGUGUGGCACACCCGCGUGGAGGACGGCUGGCCGCGCGGCCUGCUGCGCGGCGGGGAGCGGCUGAGCGGGCACAGCGCGGCCGUCACGGCGCUGCGCUGGGCGGGCUGGGGCGCGGCCGCGCUGCUGGCCUCGGCCUCGCUGGACCGCACGGCGCGCCUGUGGCUGCCGGCCGGCGCGCGGCUGCACUGCGUGCGCGUGGUGCACGCCCACUCGCGGUACCUCACCUGCGUGGCGCUGGCGCACGACAUGCGGUAUAUGGUCACUGGUUCGAAUGACAGGUCACUCAGGAUGUGGUCGCUGGGUUCUCUCACGCUCGACGAUCAGUUGGAUAUUCCGUGUGAAGCACUCUCUCACUUUGGUCUCGGCGACCUCAAAGGCAUCGGGCCACUUGAUGACGAGGUGAUCGACGAAGACGGUAUUGCGACGCAGACAGCAGUGGCCGGUCGGGCCGAGAGCAGUGACCACAGCUGUCUGCAGCGCUUGUGGAGCUCGGCCACACAUGCCGGUGCCAUCAACGACAUCGCCACGCACGGGGACCUGGUGGCCACCGCUUCUAGCGACGGAACUGCGCGCGUGUUCCGCUGGAGCGAGGAGCGCGGCGAGCUGGAGGCGCUGCACGAGCUGGCGAGCCACGAGUACCCGGUGCUGGCGGUGGACUUCGCAGCCGCCGGCGCCGUGCUACUCACCGCGGGACUCGACGGCCGCGCCUGUCUCUGGGACGUUGAGACGGGCGUACAGCUGCGGUCGCUGUGCGUGCCGGCGGGGGACGACAGCGGCGCGGGCGGCGAGGCGGGGGGCGGCGGGGUGCGGGCGGCGCGGGCGUCCGCCACCCGCGCCGCGCUGAUACUGCUGGGAACUGACGACGGCCUCACGCCGCUCUGGAGCCUCGACGAUGAUAACCCACAGCCUCUGCACGUGUACAGCGCGCACAGCGCGGCGGUGACGUGCUGCGGCUGGUCGUGCGACGCGCGGCUGUGCGCGACUGGCAGCGCGGCGGGCGAGCUGCGGCUGUACGCGCCGCCGCCGCACGCGCGACUUCUGCACUGCGAGGCGCAGGCACACGACCUCGAGGGCGUGCAGAGUCUGGACUUCGCUCCGUCUCCGAGCUCGCUGGAGCUAGGCGAGCGGCAGCACGUGCUGGCGACGGCAGGCGGGGACUCGCUCAUCAAGCUGUGGCUCGCGAGCCAGCUGGAGGACGGCGUGGCGGUGCGCGCGGCGCUGGAGCUGCACGGCGGCGGCGGCGGCGGCGUGCGCUGGGCGGGCGCGCUGCUGGCCGCGGCCGGCGCCGACCACGCGGCGCGCGUGUGGCGCGUGGCGGCGCGCGGCCGCGGCGCGGAGCUGCUGGCCGUGGUGUCCGUGGGCAGCGCGGGCGGCGUGCUGGCCGUGGGCCUGCUGGGCGCGGCGCCGCUGCUGCUGGCCGGCUCGCUGUCCGGCUCGCUCGCCGUUUGGCAGCUGCCGGCCGAGCUGCCGGACGAGCGGGACGACGAGGAGGGCACGGCGCCGUGUUUCUGGACACAAGAAGGCGUGCGGCGGUGGCUGCGAGACUGCGUCUCGCGAGUGCCCGGGUCGGAGCUGCGACGCAACCAGGAGACGUUUCUGACCCAGAGAUGUCAGCAGAUGGAAGUAACGGGCUCCAUGCUGCUCUCUACACCCAUCGACUCACUACUUGAAACAUUUGGAUUUGAUACAAACAAAUCAGAAGAAGGCAGUGAGGACGUGGAAAUGGUGAGCAUGCGCAUGCGUGAGGAGCUACAGUGGCUGCAGGCGCCGCCGCCAUCCUACCAGCAGGAGGCGUCGGCCCCGCACUGGCUGCGGUGUCCAGUGUCGCACCGAUUGCUGCGGGAGCCAGUGUUCGCGGCCGACGGAUACACGUACGAGCGCGCCAACAUCCUCGACUGGUUCCUGGCUGCCGGGAGCGCGGUGUCGCCGGUGUCAGGGCGGCGCCUGCUGUCGUGUGCUCUGCAGCCCAACUAUGCGCUGCGGAACCAACUUCGUGACUUCCUGCGCAGCUGAGCUUCUACUACACCACCGUAAUACCUCUAUUAUCUCCGGAUCUGAUUCCGCUUAGCAGAAUGUAUUAAACUCGGAUAUGACAUCAA